UCCUGCUUUGAGCAGGGGUUGGACUAGAACCUCCUGAGGUCCCUUCCAACCCUGAUAUUCUAAGGAGAUGCUCUCGGUGCGGCACUGCUGGGGCCCAGGCGGCAGGGGAACUGGCCAGGAAACUGGACAGAUGCAGAGGAGAGAGGAUUGGGGGUGCAGGGAGACUGGCUGUAGAAGGGGGCAGAGAAGCUGUUCGAGAGGGGACAGGCAAGGAGUGCGGGACAGAGAGUGGCUGUGUGUGUGGGGAUAUAGACAGAUGGUGGCAGAGAGCCUGCAGCGGGUAUAUGCUGGGUGGACUGUUAAAUAAGUGGUUGUAACCACUAGAUCACACUCCCCUCUGGAAUUGAUCCCAGAAGUCUUGCGUCUCUCCAUUCCUCUGUUGUCAGCAAGCAGCUGUGACGCCCGCAGUGCACAGGCACAAGGAGGCCAAGGGAAGGCCGCAGGGCUUGACUUUGCAACCGUAAUGUCCUUCUAGGCUUUUACCAUCGUUUUUUGGCUGUAAUAUUCACAUUUGUUCCGCUAUCGUCUCAGCUGGCCUCUGCCUUCCCCUGCCGCAUUCCCACACCUGCUGUCUGAGAAACCGAAAGUGAAACAGCGCAGGGAGAGCAGGGGGACACUGCCCUGCCCAAGCUGAAGCGGCUGCGAGUGGGCGGGAAAUAAGCUGGGUACUCUCCAGGAGUUAGCAGUGCAGGGAAGGGCUUUUGUUUGGAAACAGGCUGAUUUUCAGCCUGCACCGUCCUUCCAAAGCCCCUUACCAGUAUCGGCCAUGUGGCCUGGGCUGCUGCUCCUCACAGCCUUCCUCCUCCACAUCAAGCUGUCCAGGCUGAGCCCGGCCCGGCUGGUCUGCGACAACCGGCUGAUCCAGAAAUACAUCAGCGAAGCCAAGGACAUGGAGAAGAGAGUGAGCCAGUGCCAGGAGCUCCCCUUGCUAACCCAGCCCCUUCCUCUGCCCAUGGUGGACUUCAGCCUCCGGGAAUGGAAAACGAAGCCAAAUGAGACGAAAAGGCAGGAGAUCCUCUGGGACCUGGCACUGCUGGUGGAUGCGGUGACCGCUGCGCAGGGCCACGUGAGGCAGGAGUGUGCAGCUGCCCUCCUGGGGCAGCUCUACAAGAAAGCCAACUCCUUCCUCCUGCUCCUGAAGACCUUCAGCUGGCAGGUCAGUGCCUGGCAGCCGGACCGCGCCUCCCGGACAACCCUGCAGAGCCACCCCAGUGUGAUAUUUCUGGUAUACCGGCAGCUCGUGCAAGGCAAACUGCGCUUCCUCUUCCAUGACCUGGCAAAGGAUUUCUGCCAGGAAGGAAGCCGGGGGGUGCCAGAGCCCCCAAGCACCCCAUGUCCCCAGCUGCCUCAAGGGGACAGUGAAAGCCCUGCCUGCUGAUGGGGGUGUCCACCAGACCACAGAUGGAGACCGAGUGGGAAGGAAGCAGAUCCUGGCCCCUCACUCUCCAGAGAUGGGGGGGGGGGAAGAGCAGGACAGAGAGAGCGGUGCUGGAGCAGAGGAGAGGUCACGCCCAAGGACAUUAACAGCUGGCAGAGGACGAGAAAGGGGGCUCCUUCAGCCCUAGAGAGGCCCCCUACUGAUGGGUCAGUGAAUGUCGACCCACAGCAAAGACUUGAGAGCUGAGCAAAAAGGGGCUUGGCCCCGAGACUGGGCAGGGCCAGAGGAUGCGGUUCUCAGCUUUGCACAUGCCAGGAAAGGGAGAGGACUCUGCCCUCUGAGGAGGGGCUCCUGUGGGUGCACGGCGAGGCAGGACUCAUUGGCAUAGGCCUCUGAAUCCAGUCAGCACACAUGCAACACACGCGGACUCGUCCCCACCACAGGCCACGUGUGAGAGAACUCACUGCCCAUCCACCAGCCGUCUGCAGCCGACCACUGCGUACUCCAGGGGUGGGGGACUCGCUGUGCCAGGGGAUCAGCUGGCAGAAAGCAGCUGUGGACUUACGCACUUGCGGGUACAUGACCCUGCGGCCCCAAGGCUCAUGCCCCCAGGUCUCCAUGCAUCAUCCCAGCCCAGAGGGUAAUGCUGCACUUGCAGUUUAUCGCGACUGCAGAAGUGGAAAGGAGACGGAUUCGGGCUGCUUGCUAGAGUUAAGGAGCAGGGAGGGGGUGGGUGUCUUUUACCGGGAAAACGUCUUACGAUUAAAGAGCUUAUUUUUCUAAAGAGCCCCGGGAUCUCGCUUAGCAGGGGGCAAAGCUCAGCUGAACAGAAUAGGGAUAGUGGGGGGGCACAGGCCUGCUCGCUGGAGGCCCAUGCACGGGGGGGCACCAGCCUUUUUAUUCUGGGGACUUCAGUGAGAAACAGACUCUCUUCCACCCACCUCCCUGUCCCGCUCAGGGGAGUGUGUGGGGCGGUGUUGGGGGCAGUGCUCCACCCUCCCCUGAGAAUUAGGUAGCGAGCGCCCUCCUGUGGCCAGUUCAGGAACAGCUGGCAGACAGGUGCCUGUCCCAGAAACAGAGCGAGCUCUGGCUCCCACCCCUUCUCCUAGCCUGGCCCCUUCCAAGGCUAGCACCUCUCGCAGGCAUCUCCCCUCUCACCCCUCCCCUGCAGCAAUUUCUAGGCUGAAUUAAAUGGGAGGAGGCAGCAUUAAGGAGACUAAGGCCAUGUCUACGCUAGUCGACAGGUCUCCUUGGGCACUGGUGUUUCAGGGCCCUUCACACCUUUGAUCGUGGUGGAGUUUUCACUAAGGAAGCUCCAGGCGGCAGAGAGGAAUCUAAGGGCCAGGAUUCAGCCCCCGAAUGAAACCAGCGAGCCUGAGUAUGCUCAACAGAGCUGUGUUUGCUGACCCCGACUCUGCGUCUGGCUUUCAGGCCUUCCCUCCACCCGGAAGGGCACAAGCUCCUGGGCUGGCGGAGCUUGUCCCAGUCCCCCAUACAAAAAACUAUUGGCAAAAGGCUGUUUUUGCCGGUGCCGAGGACCUUUAUUGCCAUAGCUGCAUUGGCCAAACUCUACCUGUGGCUGGUCACUAAGGCCCACCCCAUGUGUUGGAAGACUUGGAGCACACGUUCUCCAACAGGGGGCGCUCUCCCCUUUUUAGUGCGGCUGGACAAGCAGCGGGCCCCAAAACUUUGCACAGUCGUAACCCAGGGUGACGGUCUGGAUAUAGCCAGCAAUGACCGGCGUGGGUAAUGGAGGACAGCAGCAGAGUCAACUCAGAGACAGAACCAAGUGUCUCUAGCCCUUAGAGUCACAAAGGAAACCUUCCAGUGUAACUAGUGCAGCGAGGCCUGAAACACGUGACCGACGCAGUCCUGCCUGCGCACCAACAAGCCAUUGUGCGGAAAGGCGUGAACUCGUCUUAAACACCAGUGGUUUUAGCUGCGUCACUAUGUUACGGUCUCACACUUGCUAGCGUGAUCUAAGCAGAGACAAAUCCGAAGCACCCACUUUAGUAAAGAACCAGGUGGGGCUGGCUCAGUAACGGCUCCCUGUCCUGCUCCCAGCCACCAGAGAGGCCACAAAACACAAGGCCUGCUGGAAAUGGUGCAGGCUUUUGCCAUGCAUCACUCCAGAGGGUCCAGAUGGGCCAAUGGAGCUGAAAUCCAGCGGCCGUUGAAUACAAGGGUCCCGGUCCCGGCCAGCAAGACCGUGUCUAUUUGCAAAGCCUGUGUGUGAGGCAGGGUCCCAGGUGCAGCCGCGGUCCCCAGCUGCUCGGCCCCCUGCGGUUAGAAGGCCAGUUUCUUCAUCAGGAG